CUCAGCAGGGGGACAGUGAGCAAACGGUGGGAGGACAAGGUGGGGGAUAAAACCCUCCAGUCUGCCGGAGGCGUGGGGUCGGGAAAGGCGUCCACGCGUGGGGGGAGAGAACAACCCAGGAGCUACGCUUCACAAAGAAGAAGAGAAAUCCAAACUUUGAUCAAACUGCUCGAGUGAAACAUGCCAGAUGCGUUACUUCUUUGAGAGAAGACAAGCGGUUUUGUCAGUUAAAACAGGAGAUCAUGGAAAUCCUCAGCAGGAGAUGGAGAACGGAGGCGCUUAAAUUUCUGAGGAACUCUCUGCUGCUCGGUUUGUUCACUGGUGGUAGCGAGGCGCACUGUGAAGGCUGCAUAGAGUACUGCUGUGAAGGCUCGCCACCUUUCUGCUGCUCCUACUACGCCUACGUCGGGGACGUCCUCUCAGGCACUGCCAUCUCCGGCAUUGUGUUCGGCGUGGUGUUUCUGAUGGGGGCGGUGGCGGCCCUGUUCCUGUGCGUGUGCAUGUGCAUGAAGAACGGACGUGGAGCGCGGGUCGGAGUUUUCAGCACCUCCUACAUCAACACUGUUACCCAGGGUUACCCAGGUCCUCCACCUCCUUACAGCUACAACUAUGAGAUGUACCCACCAUCAUUACGACCCCCACCCUACACCCCAGCCCAACCUCAACAAGCCAACUACUCUCCGCCGCCUCCUUAUCCCGGCUUCACCCGCAAGUGAGUUCUCGCCAUGCAGAUCGCACGCUGGCUGGACCAUAAAUGGACACUCGCCGUGGUCGCUCUUCGGGUUCACCAAACUAAAAUUGUCAGAAUACCACCCCCUUUCUCUGCCCCCUAAAGCCCAGCUUUACUGCACUGCUGGUUUGAAGCAGAGCCUCUGGUGGGAAGAGAGAAAAUGUGGGUCAGGAUUGGAAACGCACACAUGCCUCAUCACGUCUGAAAGACUUAACUUGUUGGCAGCUUAACUGUUCUGACCUGCACUCUCUGCCCCCGUUUGUGCACAUCAGAGGUACUGGCUGCAGUUUGAUGAAGGUGAAGACCAUGCUUUUUCUUUCCUGCAUCAUCACGAGUGGUGAGGAAUUGUCAGUGAUAAACUGCAGACGACUUCUUUUUUUUUUUUUUUUCCCCAUUCUUGGAGCUAUUUUGCUCCACUUUUAUUUGAAACGAUGAUUAUUUUUAUUAUAUCGAUCUGGACCUGCUUUGUAUUGAACUGAAAGACAUGAUUUCAUCCAUUAUAGUAAAAAUGGUGACUUUAAAUCAUAGGCAGCUCAAAACUGGACUGUUGUAAAGUACUGACAUUUCUUUUACCCAAGUUUUAAAUAAUGCGGGGUAUUAAUGUGGUAGUUUAAACUCAAAGUGACUUCACUGUGCUUAAACUGUGAAUUGAUGGGACGUCAUCAUUAUAAAUAUCAGGUCAAUAACUGUUUCCCUGUGUCAGUGCCUGUGUUGUAAAUUAAAGAUAUGUUUUUGAAUACA